AGCCGGAAGUUAGCAAGCCAACCCGAGACAAAGCGACCGCUGGGCGGUGUUUAAUCGAGUAAAAACCAAAUAAGGAAACAUUGAAAAUGUUGAAAGAGUUGGUGAAGGAGCGACUCAUGGCGGCGGCUGAUGAAAUAUUGGCGCUGUUUGAAAGAACGAUAGCGUCGUACGAGGAGGAACUUUCCCGAAUGAGAGCGGAGAAGGAGCGACAUCGACGUCAACUGGAAGCUGUUAGCAAGACUCACAUUGCGUUACCUGUUGAAGCUGUGAACACUGCAGCUGUCCAGCAGCUGAUUGGUCGUCAAGCUUUGAAGCAGGAGGACCCCCAGACCCCCUAUGUUAAAGAGGAAGAGGAGGAACUCUGGAUAGCUCAGGAGGGAGCGUGUCUUUUUGCUCCGGAGGAGACUGAUCUCACCGCGUUGCCACUGACGGUCGUUUCUGUGAAGACUGAAGGGCAUGAAGACAAACCACCCGAGUCCUCACAGCUUCAUCAGAACAGGUGGGCCGAGCCUCCAAGCAGCAGCAGCAACUCACCACAGCACAUGACAGCAGAAGCUGAGGGAGACCAUUGUGGAGGAUCACAAGAAGACAAGCUCUUAGCCCCGCUGUCAGAUAGUGAGCACCCGACGUCACUCUCUCCUGAGGAUGAAGAUGGGGACGACACCCAAGAACUUUUGAGCAGCGAUACAGACUGUGAAGGCGAUAUGAGGACUCACGUGGACGACACACACUCUGAAUGCUCCAAAAAGCACACAGCUAAAAAAUGCUGGACCUGCUCCGUUUGUGCUAAAAGAUUUACUUUUAAGAGGGACUUGACUCGACACAUGCGAACACACACAGGAGAAAAACCUUUUCGAUGUUCAGUUUGUGAAAAAAGAUUCACUCUGAAGGCAAACAUGCUGUCACACAUGAGACAACACACGGGAGAAAAACCCUUUAGUUGCUCACUUUGUGGUAAAAGAUUCACUCAAAAGGUGCAUAUGGAAUCUCACGUGAGAACACACACCGGAGAAAAACCUUUUAGUUGUUCAGUUUGUGCGAAAAGCUUUUCUCAUAAGCACUACUUGACCCGACACAUGUGGAUACACACCGGCGAAAAGUCCUUCGGCUGUUCAGUCUGCGGCGAACGAUUCUCUCAAAAGUCACACCGGGUGUCACACAUGAGAACGCACACCGGAGAGAAACCUUUCAAUUGCUCAGAUUGCGGCGACAGAUUUGCCAAGAGGUUCACUUUGAUGCGACACCUGAGGACGCACACUGGAGAGAAACCUUACGGUUGUCCAGCUUGCGAUAAAAGAUUUUCUGACAAAGUCAACAUGGAAUCCCACAUGAGGAAGCACACGGGAGAAAAACCCUUUGUUUGCCUCAUUUGCGGCAAAAGUUAUUCUUAUAAGAAAAGUUUGACCGCGCACAUGCGGACGCACAACGGAGAAUUCUGUAUCGCUGCUCAGAGCUUCUUGGGUGUGGUCCCAGUCUUCAUCCUCAGGAGAUCUUCACGGAGACGACAGUCAGAUCAGCCUCCUCCGGCCCUAGAAGACACUCUCCCUCCUGAGCGAUCCAGAGUUCCUCCUCUUCCUCUUUCACGAGCGUUGGUGUACUCGCAAAAGACAACAUCAAAGAUGUUGAAAGAACUGGUUAAGGAGCGAUUAAUGGCGGCGGCCGACGAGAUAUUGGCGCUGUUUGAAAGAACGAUAGCGUCGUACGAAGAGGAACUUUCUCGAACGAGAGAGGAGAACGAGUGGUAUCGAAUACAACUGGACGCCGUUUGCAAGACUCAAAUAGUGUUCCACAUUGAAGACAUCCAGGAGAUGACUGGUCGCCAAGAAGAACAUCCCCCUCACCCACAGCGGGGGAGCUCCACUUUGAUGCAGGAGGAUCCCCAACCCUCCCAUGUUAAAGAGGAAGCGGAGGAACUCUGGAUCACACAGGAGGCAGAGUGUCUUCUGGGGGGGUCGGAGGAGGCUGAUCUCCCCAAGUUGCCACAGACUGGUGUCUCUGUGAAGACUGAAGACCAUGAAGACAAACCACCUGAGUCCUCACAGCUUCAUCACAAUCCGAGUGAGGAGAACAGAGGGGCGGAUCCUCCAAGCAGCAGCAGCUCACCACAACACAUAACAACAGAAGCUGAUGGAGACCACUGUGGAGGAUCACAAGCAGACAAGCUCUUAGCUCCACUAUCAGAUAGUGAGUACACAACAUCACACUCUCCUGAGGAUGAAGAAGCUUUGCGCAGCGAUACAGACUGUGAAGGUGAUAUGAGGACUCACACUGACUACAAACACUCUGAAUGCUCUGAGAAAAAGGGUAAACAUCAUUCGACCUGCUCAGUUUGUGCUAAAAGAUUUAUUGGAAAGGGCAAUUUGACUCAACACAUGCGAACACACACUGGAGAAAAACCUUUUAGUUGUCCUGUCUGUGGCGAUAAAUUUGCUCUGAGGUCCACUUUGACAAGACAUACGAGAACGCACACAGGACAAAAACCUUUUAGUUGCUCAGUUUGCGGCGACCGAUUCUCUCGAAAGUCCUGCAUGGCGUCACACAUGAGAACGCACACAGGGGAAAAACCCUUUAGUUGCUCUGUUUGCGGGAGAAGAUUCUCUCAAAAGUCCAAAGUUGCAUUGCACAUGAGAACACACACGGGAGAAAAACCUUUUAUUUGCUCAGUGUGCGGCGACCGAUUCUCUCAAAAGUCAUGUGUGGCAUCGCACAUGAGGAGGCACACGGGAGAAAAACCUUUCAGCUGUUCAGUUUGUGGGGACCGAUUCUCUCGAAAGUCGUUCAUGACUGCGCACAUGAGAACCCAUACGGGAGAAAAACCUUUUGGUUGCUCAGUUUGUGGCGACCGAUUUGCUCAAAAGUCAAACAUGGAAUCGCACAUGAGGACGCACACGGGAGUAAAACCUUUCAGUUGCUCAGUUUGCGGGAGACGAUUUACUCAGAAGUCAAAUAUGGUUUCACACGUGAGAACGCACACCGGAGAAAAACCUUUUACGUGUUUAGUUUGUGGUAACAACUUUGCUCUCGGGUCCACUUUGAAAAAACACAUGCGAACGCACACGGGACGCUAACACCUUUCAGUUGCUCACUUUGCGGACACAGCAGUUUUCUGGAGGUUCGUUGGAGAACACACGGGAGACAAGCUGUGUUGAAGUUUUUGCGCACAGAGGAAGUGGUACCGCAUUCAACUUUAAAUCAACUUUAAAUCAACUCUGAAGCAAAUACAUGUCGAUUUGCAGUCAACAUGGACGGUGGAGUGUACGUCUAUGAUCAUGAAAACAUGUGUGUGGUAGAUUGUUUUUUUCUACAGCGGGAAUUUUUCAUCUUUUUCAUCAGUGAUGACGAAAAGUCAGGUUAUUGGCUCACUCUGUUCUUCUCUGGAUGACUCCUUGCCUUUUUCUCUUAUUUCUGCCUGCAAGUUACCAUUUACGUCUGACUAUAUAGUACUUAUUUUGAGAUGUCCAGUUAUCAUUCACAUCUGUAGGCCUAUGUGUAGUAUUUAAGUAAUGUACAGUUGACAUCGGUACAUAUACUGUAGUAUUUACUAUGUACACUGCUGCUGUUUGUUUGUUUUUCACCGCCUGGUAUGUAUUUGUACAGAAAUAUUCAGGAUCUACCGGAUGGUUGUCUUAGAUACCGACAUGUACUUGAUGUUUGGUGAUGACAAGCAUUAAAAGACGCUCAGUACCACUGAGGCCUGAAUCAAUACCCCGGUAACGCUUCUUACGCCCUACAAUUUUUCUUUCAGCUGUAGAAUUACACGUGUUGUUUUGAAAUGACACGUGUCUCCUGACUCCUAUGCUCUUUGAUUGAAAGGGUUUAUUGACUACAACACCAAACCAAAAA